AUGCACACCCCAGCACCGGCCGAACUCUUCAUCUCGGGCGCCCUUCCCGGUUCCGGCACCUUCCCGGCUUCAUCCGCCCUCGGCGCUUACCAACACCCGGCCCCGUUCCCGGCACGGAGCUUCCCGGUGAGCUCUGCCCUCACGCUCCCGGAGCCUCCCUUCAGCCCCGGUUCCAACGGCCUCCUUUCCCCCCACGACCCCUUGCUUCACAUCAAACCGGCUCAAGCCCCGGUGCCGCCGCCUCCUCCUCCUCCACCGCCUCCUCCUCCUCCUCCACCGCCGCCGGCGUUGGGCUUCGAACGCUUGGGCACCGCGGUGCUGGGCUCGGCGUUACCGGCGCAGAGCCCCGCUUACCGCGGCGCUGCCGGCGCCUCUCAGUUCAACCUCCUCUCGGCGCCUUUGGCCGAGCAACCGGCGCAGCUCUACAACGCCUCCGUGUUCGGCGGCGCCGGCGAACGCGCCGUGCCGCGCCAGGACAGCGUCAUCAAGCACUACCAACGCCCCGGCGCUGCCCAAGCCCACGGCCUCCAGCAUUACCUCAGCUGCGGGGGGAGCUACCAACAGAUGCCCCCUCACCGCGGCGGGGCUUUGGCUUGCAGCCCUUUGGGCGAGCAGAGCCCCGGCAGCGCCGAAGCCACCCAACAGGCGGGCAAAGGCGGUGCCGUGGUGCCGCGUCCGGAGCCGGCGCCCAGUUACCGACCCAUCAUCCAAUCGCCGGCUUAUUCCGGAGGCAACGGCGCCAACGGCACCAACGGCGCCAAAUCCAAGAGCUACUCGGCGGCGAGGCAGACGCCGCGCUCCACCGCCACCCCCAAGUGCCAAAGCAGCUUCAGCACCAGCACCCCCAAAGCCAGCUCCGUCAUCUCCAGCCAUUCCCCGGCCUAUUCCCCCUUGGCUCUGGGGCCGGGGGCUGGUUAUGGGGCCAGCACCGCGCCGCCGCCGCCGCCGCAAGCCGGUUCCGGCUUCAGCAGCACCGCGAGCACCGGUGGCGGCGGCGGCAGCGGCGGCGGCGGUGACUUGGGGGGCAAAGGCACCGGGUACCCCCCCCCCCCAAGCGCCGGGGGGCAAAGCGGGGGCCCGGCUUGCGUGGGGCAAGGCCAAGGCUUCUCGCCGGAGCAGCUCCAAGCUCUUCCCUAUGGGGUGCAGGCGGAAGUGGGGUCUUUGUCCUAUAGCACCGGGCAUUCCCCGGCCGUGCCGGCGCCGCUUCCCUAUAGCCCCGCUCCCAGCAUCCGGCCCUUGCAGUCGCCGCCGGCGGCGCGGAGCUCGCCGGGGCAAUCCCAGAAGUACCUGGGCUCCGUGCUCUCGCCCUCCUUUAUGGCACCGGGAUACGGAACGACGACACCGGGCACGGCGCCGGCCCCGGCGGCCGUGGAGCGGGCUCCGGCCUUCGGCAAAGGCACCAAAGGGGACGCCGAGUUGUUGGGUGCCGAGCGGAGCGAGGAUGAGGACUUCUUGAUCCAGCACCUCCUGCAGGCCCCUAGCCCCCCAUCGAGGGGGGAGCCCUUAGGGGGCGGCUGCGAGGAGCGCGGCGCCGGCGCCAAGAGCAUGGCGACGGGUUACGGAGCCUUGGCCAAGGCGGAAGAGCGCUACCAGUUGCAGAGCGUGAUCCGGCCUAAUUCCAACCUGGAGGCGCCUUUGGAGUUGGCGCUCUUGAAGGAGAAGAAGAAGCCGGAGCGAGGCAAGGAGUACCGGAGCACCGGCAACGGCGCCGAGGGCUUGGCGGCCACCUCCGUGGUCCAUUACGGCCACCAAGCGGCGGCGUUGGACUCCUACGAGCUGAAGAAACCCGGCGCCAAGGACAUGGGGCAGCCCCACGGUUACUUAGCCAAGACCCCCGAGCACGGGCGUUUGGUGGCCGAACCCCCCCCUCUGGAACCCCAUGGGCUCCUCCUAGACCCAUCCCCUGAGCUAGGACCGGUGCAAGUGGGGCCGGUGCCGGGGGGAGCAGCGGCUCUGUUGCCCUCCGUCCUCACCCAUACCCAAAGCCAACUCCAUCCCCGCGCCAAAACCCGGCCCCAGCUCGACGUCCACCUCUUGGAGCAGCAACGGAUGCCGCCGCCACCGCCUCCACCGCCGCCUCCACCGCCACCGCCUCCAUCAGCCCCACCAGCACCGGCCCCCCCGGCUGCUCCAUCCCCACAGCUGCUCUUGGACGCCCAUCACCUGCACCAGGCCCACGUGCGCGGCGGGCAAGGCCUAGAGCCGCCGGCGCCGUUACCGCCGGAGCCUAUGGAAGUCUUGCCGGCUCCUCAAGAGAUCCAAGACUUCCUGGAGCCUCCUUUGGGUUUGGAACCUCAUUUAGGGCAAGCCGGAGCGGUCCAAGGCCCGCCGGGGCAUCUCUUGGACCCCGAUGGAGGAGCCCCAUCGGUGACGGCGACGCCGUUGGAAGGCAAGGACCAGUUCAACGAAGGGGGGAGCCCGGCGGGGGGCAAGAACCGCUUCGUGCCCUUGACUUCCAUUUGCUUCCCGGAUGCUCUCCUCCAAGACGAAGACCGCGGCUUCUUCCCCGGCAUGGAGGACAUGUUCGGGCCGGCCCCGGAGGACUUCCCCAAGGCGACGGAGGAAGAGGAGGAAGAGGAAGGCGCCGGCGGCUUGGAGGCGCGCGGCGACGCCUUGAAGCCUCCCCCGUACGACAUGGGGGGACCGGCUUACCCUUCGUUCUGCGCCGCGCCGAGCGCCGCGCCGCCGCUGCCUUUGGAACCCCCCAAACACGAGUUGCCGUCGACGGUCAACGCGGAACCCUUGGGUUUGAUCCAAGGCACCGAGAGCACCAAACCGGCUCUGCCCACGCCGCUUUUCUGCUCUUCCAAACCCAAAAAGCUCCUCAAGACCUCGUCCUUCCACCUCCUGCGUAAGAGGGACCCCUUCCCGCCCCCCAAAAAGACCUACGCGCAGGAAUACGAGUUCCAGGACGACGAGGACAAAGCCGACGUCCCCGCCGACAUCCGCCUCAACAGCCGUCGGCUCCCGGACCUCUUGCCCGACCUCAUCUCGAGUUGCCGGGCUCGACCCCCUCCUCUCAGCCCCAUUCCAGGCGGGGAUCCUUUGGCUUUCCCUUCGGCCGCCGCUACGGCCCCUACCCACCACCACCACCACCCUACGGCGCCCAAGAAGCGCGGGCGCAAACCCACCAAGCCCAAGCGUGAGGGACCCCCACGGCCGAGGGGCAGGCCCCGGAUCAGGCCUUUACCGGAACCCCCCCCGGCACCACCGCCGCUGCCGUCGUCGCCGUCGUUGCCCCACGGGCUCCUCCUGCCCCAUCCCGACGCGGCCAAGAGGCCCCGAGGGCGAGGAAGGGGCCGGGGAAGGAAGGGAGGGGAAGAGGCAGGAGAUGGGAAUGGGAUGGAGGCGCUGAAGCCGCUCAAGCUCAAACUGGCCAUGGCCAAGGGCUCGGAGGCGCCGUUGCCACCGGAAGGCUCCCUCGGCAUUCCCGGUCUUCCCAGCACCGGCUCGGAACCGGUGCCUUUGGACGCAUCCCAGACUCGGGAACGCAUCAAGCAGAAGAUCAAGGAGGUGGAGGAGAAGCAACCAGAGAUGAAAUCGGGGUUCAUGGCUUCCUUCUUGGACUUCCUCAAGGCCGGCAAGCGCCAAGCGGGGCCUCCCAGCGCCGUCAGCCCCACCAAGAGCCACCGCGGUGCCGUCGGCACCACCACCACCACCAGCACCACCACCAGCACCACCAAUCCCUUCCCAAUGGGAGGUCCCAUCCUGGCUGGCAGCUUGGAAGGGCCCGAAGGCGACGGAUUGGUCAUGGCUUGCCCCAGCCCUUGCAAGCGUUUGGAUGAGGAACUCAAGAGGAACUUGGAGACGCUGCCGUCCUUCUCGUCGGACGAGGAGGAUUCGGUGAGCAAGAACCAGGACCUGCAGAAGAGCAUCUCCUCGGCCAUCUCGGCCCUCUACGACCCCAGCGACCGCAAGGACCCCGAGCUGGUGGAUGGUGGUGAUGGCGACGCCGAGCCGACGUCGCCGCGGCACCAAGACCUUCCCCCCCCAUCAGAACCCCCCCCGACCCCCCCAGCUCCGGAACCCCCCCAGCCCAGCACCACCUUGGCCCCUCUGAGCCCCCCCAUGGCCCCCGGCCCCAUAGCCCCGGUGUCACCGGUGGGGGCCGUGUCCCCGGUACCGGUACCGGCGGUGGGGGGCCAAGGGGGGGGGGGGGGGGGGUCCCCAGAGGCGGCUCAGGACCCACGGGCGCUGCACCUGGCGCAGAAGCAGGAUGCGGCCGCCGUGUGUGGGGACACGGAUGAGGAAGAGGAGGAGGCCGGGAGCGGAGGGGAAGGGAUCUAUAGGGAGAGGGAUGAGUUCGUGGUGCGGGUGGAGGACGUGCCGGCGCUGAGGCUGGCGCUGCAGACGGGCCGGGAGCCCCCCCCGAUCUGGCGCGUGCAGAAGGCGCUGCUGCAGAAAUUCACCCCCGAGAUCAAGGACGGGCAGAGGCAGUUCUGUGCCACCAGCAACUACCUGGGUUACUUCGGGGACGCGCGGCACCGGUACCAGCGCCUCUACGUGAAGUUCCUGGAGAACAUCAACAAGAAGGACUACGUGAGGGUGUGCUCCCGGAAACCAUGGCAACGGGGACCCCCGGGCAG